AUUUAAACAGAGGUUAGAAACUUUAACUUCUGCAUUAUUUCGCUUUCGUUGACUUUUCGAAAAUGCACUCUGUUACACUGUUAUCACUUGCUCUCCUUGUGAUGAGCCUUUGUUUUUGGGUUACACCCUCUUCUGGCGUUACAAGUGGUUACUGUGAACGUGAGAAGGCUCAAUGUCCUGCUGAUAUCAAUAAAAGGGCAGGCGAUUGUGCGGUAUUUCCCGCACCCUACAAAAUUCAGAAGAGGCAAUGCAUGCUUUUCUGUCGUUUCCGUAUGGCCUUCUAUUUUACCAUCGAUCCGUGGAGGUGCUAUUGUUUCCACACUUGCCAUAACAUGCACAAUGUUGAUGCCAAGUACAAAUUCAUCACGGGGAAUACUGAGUUUCAGUUUGACCCCAACAACAUUGGCGUGGAAGGUUAUCUAGUCAAGAAAAACAUGACCUGUCCCCUACAGGGCAACCGACGUGUCCUAAGAACAUUGAUGAACUCCAAGAGUCAGCAUUGGGGUGACAAGGCUUACAAUUGCAAGAAUAUGUGCCACCUUUUUCCGCCAUCGACGUACUACGAGUUAACGGACACAUUCUGCUCGUGCUUUGCAACAUGUACGGGAAUCAAACCCAGCGAUUCUUAUCCGAGCGAGGUGGCACUCAUGUUUAAGGGUCGGGACCCAUCAUUGAUAUCUGUUGAUCGAAUAUAUUAAAUUGUCACAUUUCUUCAGCAUA